UUUCAAAGGACUAUUUUUAUUAUAAGAAGUUCUCUGCUAUCAUAAAUAUGGAAGCAUGAGUUAUGAUGCCUGCGUGACGGAAUAUUGAUGCUUGGUCUGAUAAUGGAUUUUACUCUUCGUGCUCUAUUUUUCCGCCGUGGGACCAAAUCGUAUUGAAAUAGAAGAUUUUUUUUAUCUACCGCCGAGUACCUACUAAUUGAAUUCACCAUGUUCAUUCUUACUACCCUCUCUGAUCUGAUCCAGAUCUCCCCAGAAGACUUCUCGAAGUAUAGUUCUAUCGCUAUUGAGGACAAUAUCAAUGAGAAGUAUGCAAAUAAAGUUAUUCAGAAAGUUGGCCUGUGCAUUGGAUUCUACGACUUGUUAGAGUCCUCAGACGGCCUCAUCGGCCAUGGCACUGGUUUAGUCAACGUGAACGUCAAGUUCCGCCUCAUUGUGUUCCGUCCAUUCAAAGGAGAGAUUAUGUUGGGCAAGAUCUCCAGCGCUACUGAACAUGGUAUAAAGAUUGGAGUAGAGUUUUUCAACGAUAUCCUCGUACCUCCAAAUCUUCUCUUGGACGGUGCCAGAUUUGACUAUGCCGAUCAAGUUUGGAUCUGGGAAAACGAGGACGGCUCCACAUUCUACUUUGAUAUCGGAGAAGUUGUCCGAUUCCGCGUUGAGAUAGAGGAGUGGCAUGACCAAAUACCAAACGCCCCAGAUCUAGGAGAUGCCGCCGCUAUCGAACGGAAGCCACCAUAUUCCAUUAUAGGAUCAAUGCAAAUGGCUGGUCUGGGACCUGUAUCGUGGUGGUAAUGUUUCGGAUGGGUCAUGUGCAUGCUUCUUGACGUGAAUAAGCAGGAAUAACUUCUUGGCUCCCUUACUUCCCGUGCUUAUGUGAUGAGAUACCUUGCUGAUGGAAUGGCUGGACUAUGUAUAUUUCCAUGGUUACACGAAUAACGAAAUAAUCUUGACAUAGAGAUUUUAGUGAUUGCUCACAAAUCAGCCAAAUGACGACAUUUGGCCGGAAAUGGGAGAGUGUUGAGGCAACAUCGAGAAAAUUCUUGAGUAUGGAAGAAUAAAAGAUCUGACCAUGUAGGAUGAUUUCCCCGCCAAAUAGAUCGUCAUAAUCAAUUAAACCUUGUAGCUAAUUGUAUGCAGAGUACAGUCUCCGUACAUUAAGGCUACGAUCAUUAUCAAUCGAAUUCGGCUAGUGGCGGAGAUAAAGAAAAUUGCAUUGACACCGCCACGGAGGGGACAAUCAACGGUUCACGGUGGAGUUGCACUCGGCGCUAUGCCGGAAAUCCUCACGGGGCCCGAUCAGUCCCUGCCCUAUCGUUCUUCAGCAUGCUUGAUGUGCAACGUAAAAAAAACCCAUGUCCAAGAAACAGAAAUUUUUUCCCUCGGGUUUCAGGAGGGAAGGGGGGUAAAC